AUGGCCGAGUUCGAGGCUGAUCUUGCUGACGAGAAUGCAGAUGAGGCUUUGGAAGAAGAGGACGCACCCAAGGAAGAGAGUGGUGAUUCAUGGCUUAAGAGCGACAGAGACUACACCUAUGAUGAGCUCCUCGGUCGUGUCUUCAAGAUCCUCAGACAAAACAACCCCGAGUUGGCUGGUGACAAAAAGAGAUACACCAUUGUUCCUCCUUCCAUUCACCGUGAAGGUAACAAGAAGACCAUCUUUGCCAACGUUACAGAUAUCGGAAAACGUCUCCAUCGUCAACCCGAACAUAUUAUCCAGUUUUUGUUUGCAGAAUUGGGUACCAAUGGAUCUGUUGAUGGUGCACAGCGUUUGAUUAUCAAGGGUCGUUUCCAGCAGAAGCAGAUCGAAAACGUUCUCCGUCAUUAUAUUGUUGAAUACGUUACUUGCAAGACUUGCAAGUCUCCUGAUACUCUUAUGACAAAGGAUAACCGUCUGUACUUUGUACAGUGCGAGUCCUGUGGAUCUACUCGUUCCGUAUCUGCUAUCAAGGCUGGUUUCAAGGCACAGACCAAGGAAGACAGACGUGCAUUGAGAGCAUAG